CUCUGCUCGAGGACGCGGACGACGCCGCUCGUCGCGCGAGGUGCCCCCUCCCCCUCCCCCUCCCGCUCCCGCCCGGGGCUCGAGCAGCGUCGUCGUCCUCCCGCGGCGGGCGGACAGACGGAGAGAGAUAGAGAGACGGCCCGGGCCGGCCACCAUGCCCCCUCCGCACUGUUAACUCCUCCCCCCUCCCCCCCCCGUGUGGAGCGGAGCCGGCGGCAGGAUGCUGAAGAGACUGGUGCGGCUCUCCAACCGUUCCUUCUUCGCCUUCAUCUUCCUCUUCUCGCUCUCCUCCUCCUGCCUCUACUUCAUUUAUGUGGCGCCCGGGAUAGCAAAUACUUACCUCUUCAUGAUGCAAGCACAAGGCAAAAUGUUGAGGGACAACGUGCGAACUAUUGGCAUCCUCAUUCGAGACCGAUACACCAAGAGAAACAGUACGCUGAAUGGCACAGAUUAUCUGGAAGGGUAUAAUUCAAGUGAGUACCUCGGUCAGGGCGGAACAUAUCUUCCAGAAGACUUCACGUAUUCUCCAGGCUUGCCUUGUCCAGAAAGGUUGCCGUCAAUGAAGGGCCUCAUUGAGGUUAACAUGACUGAAAUCAGCAUGGAAGAAAUCCAGCAAUUAUUUUCACAAGAUUUAGCAAUCAAAUAUGGAGGCCACUGGAAGCCGGGUGACUGUAAAGCCCGUUGGAAGGUGGCAAUCCUCAUUCCAUUCCGCAACCGUCACGAACACCUCCCAAUUCUAUUCCGUCAUCUGGUUCCAAUGCUUCAGAGACAGCACGUUCAGUUUGGCUUCUAUGUCAUUGAACAGGCAGGUAACUAUCCCUUUAAUCGUGCAAUGCUUUUCAAUGUUGGCUUUGUGGAGGCUAUGAAAGAUCUGGACUGGGACUGCCUUAUUUUCCAUGACGUUGAUCAUAUACCAGAAAGUGACCGCAACUAUUAUGGGUGUGGGCAGAUGCCACGCCAUUUUGCAUCAAAGCUAGACAAAUACAUGUACAUCCUUCCGUACAACGAAUUCUUUGGUGGAGUUAGUGGUCUAACAGUGGAACAGUUCAGAAAAAUCAAUGGGUUUCCCAAUGCUUUCUGGGGAUGGGGUGGAGAAGAUGAUGAUCUCUGGAGAAGAGUUCUUUACGCAGGGUACAAUGUGACAAGACCAGAAGGAGAUCUGGGAAAGUACAAAUCUAUACCCCACCACCAUCGAGGGGAGGUACAAUUUUUAGGCAGAUAUAAAUUGUUGAGGUAUUCUAAGGAACGUCAACCUCUGGAUGGGUUGAACAACUUGAAGUACACUCCAAAUAUAACCCUGCACUUUUUGUACAAAAACAUAACUGUGAAUCUUACGCCAGAUUUGGCACCUGUGGCCGAUGAUUAAAGAGGAUGGGACUACCUUGAAUUUUAACAGCUGUAUCUUGGACUAUUAUGGAUUUUAUUUUUAGUUCUGGCGCUUCAGUGAAAGGCUUAUGGGUCUUGAGAAACUGCCAAGGCACCUUGGAUGUGGAUGUCUCAAUGACGGCUUGAGUCCUGAAAUUCGAACAGCUGAUUGUUAUCUGCAUGUGCGUGCAAUAGCUUUGCCAAUGAGUUCAUCGAGCAUUGUGUGAGAACGAGAGAGCGCAUCGUCACUCUGAAGUCGAGGGGCUUCCAGCCAGGCUGCUCUCCUUAAGUCGUUUUAUUAGCUUUCUCGUCGUGAUCAGCUGCUCCUGUACAAAAACCCACUAGAAUUCACAUUUGUAGGUAGCACAUAACAUAUUGUAAUUUUUAGCUAAAAUGAAGGCUUAUGGUUCACUUAAAAUAAUGCUAUGGAUUUGUAAAUAUACUGUAAAAUUGUGCACUUUGCCGCUCUUUUUUAUACUAUGGAACUAAUGCAUUUGUGAUGUUCCUUUUAAAAAGGAAGUUUAUAAAUAUAUGUAUGUAUGUAACUUGGCAUGUAAGAACAAAAUGUACAUAGUCUCAGAUGACACAUUCACUUUCCACACUAUAAUGGAAAGAAUUCCAAUGGUCUGGUCUCUGGUAGCUAUAACUACACCUGGUUACAGUAAGGUUAUCUAAUCACUCAGUCACAUAACCUAGUUAUGAUUUGGAAAAUACUUUUGAAAGUAAGAUUAAUUUAGCUUUAAGAUUAUUUUCAAUAUGGGGUGGUGCUCCCCCAAUGACGUGCUUGCAAAAAAGAAGCUGAGAGGUACGUUCCCCCCCCCCCCCCCAUCCCGUCCUUGGAUGAAAGUAAACUAGCAGCUAAACUAAAAUGGCAUAUUUGUAGGGUAUUGUGUGUGCGUAUGCGUGCUGAUUUCAGCAAUUCUUCUGAAACCACUGGUGUUCUCAUUUGCCCGAGUAAACCCUAUAACUCACAAGACCUCCAUUACCCCGCAGAAUGCCUGCUUGUUUCACCACUCGCAUUUACAUUUGUAAAUUCGCAACGCUUGAGUUGCCAUUUGCAAUGCAGAUCCCAUCUUGCAACGGAUGCAUUGUAAAAUGUAAGUGUACGCCGACAGUUAUAAAAGAAUGGAGUGAGUA